AUGGAGGACAAAAUCAUCAUCAAUAUAAGUGGAACAAAGUAUGAGGUGUCGUCUGAAACUUUUAAGCAGAUAACAUUAACCAUGAGCCAUGCAAAACGUGAACUUGAGAAAAUGACCGCGAGAGCAGAAAAGCAAGGCGAGUAUUUCCUAGAGAGAAAUCCUACAUCGUUUUUAGCAGUUCUUGGUUACUUUCAAGGAAACGGUCUUCAUUUACCCCCAUUGACAUGUACUGCCGAAUUCAAGAAUGAAUUGGAAUUUUGGGGCGUUGAUCCAGAAGCUAUGGAGCAUUGCUGCUACAGUAAAUAUGUGGGCUUUUUCGACGACCAGAAAGCCCUAUCAAUUCUGACAGAUGACCAAACUCAAAGAAUUAAUGAACGCAAAGAACUCCAACGCCGAGCUCAAGGAAGUGGAUGGCCGUCCAUACAAGCAAAAAUAUGGUCUAUUCUGGAAGAGCCAUCCUCUAAUAUUAUAGCAAAAGGCUAUUUUUACACAAGCGCUUUUUUUGUCAUCAUAUCCAUAGCUGCUUUAAUCUGUGGAACCCAUCCAACGUUCAGGCGAAGCUUGCGCGAAUCUGAAUGGCGCGAAUACUUCGAUGACGAUUUUCACCGGUAUGCAGGACAUUUUGAUUCGUCCCAUGUUCAUUCUGGAUCCACAGUUCCACCAUUACCAACCGAACCAAUGGCACAGAUAGACCUUCUGACUUACCUUGAUUUCAUUACAACCAUCUUCUUUACUAUCGAAUUCGCCCUUCGUGUCAUCUUCUGUCCCACCAAAAAGAGGUUUUUCGUUUCAUUGUUGAAUCUGAUUGACAUUUUAUCUUUGCUUGUGAUGUACUCAAAGUAUAUAGUCGAAACAGUCAAUCCAAAAGAAAAAUAUACGGCGUCCAUCUUUGAUAUUGUUCAUUGUUUUCAAAUUAUUCGGGUAUUCCGACUUUUUCGUUUAGUUAAAAACUUUAUUGGAUUUCGAGUUCUUCUAUAUUCAAUGAAAGCAAGCUUCUGCGAGGUUCUUCUUAUGUCCAUGUUUCUUAUGGUUGCCACACUUUUAUUCUCUGCUUUUGUUUUCUUUUCGGGUGACAAAGUUUUUACGAGCAUCCCAGACUCCUUCUGGUGGGCAAUAGUUACCAUGACAACGGUUGGAUACGGUGAUAUAUAUCCCACGGAGGCUCUGUCGAAGUCCAUAGGGGCGAUAUGUGCCAUUACAGGAGUGUGCCUUCUUGCAAUUAUCAUUCCAAUAUUUGUAAAUAAUUUCCUCUUGUUUUAUGCGUAUUCGAAAGUAUGGGGAACCAAAGACAAAGUAAUGGGGGAAAGUAACCGUAAAAAGGAAAGCACCCCAUUUACUUCUAAGACAAAAAUAGCCCCUUUCAAGCCUGAAUGA